GCAUCGUACCAGCUCGCUGACGUGCUUUCCGAGGAUGAAUGUUUCGGAGAUGCUGUGCAGCAUAACCGAGUUGGCUUGGGCGACAAGCAGACUAUCGGAAAGCCCACUUGGGAUGGCAUGAGUUCUUACGGUUGCGAGUAUAACAUUGCAGCGGACUUGGUCAUGUUCAACGAUCAGUCACCGACCCCGAGCUCCACUUCAACAGAACAACAAAACAUCUGCCUUGGCGUGGCAACCACAACCACCUCUUCAACCUUCACUAUCACAACUUCGAGCACUUUGUCGAGCAGUGAGACCAGAAGCAGCAUCAGCCCGACCAGCAGCACCAGCGAAACCACCACGACCCGGACCAGCAGAACCCUGCCCAGCAUCAGCGAGACCAGCGUGACCAGCAUCAGCGAGACCAGCAGCACCAGCCGCGACCAGCAUCAGCGAGACCAGCAGCACCGCAACCAGCAGAACCCUGACCAGCACCGCAACAAGCGGGACCCUGACCGGCACCAGCACGACCAGCAUCAGCGAGACCAGCAGCACCGUAACCAGCACCGGAACGACCAUCACUGGAACGACCAGCACAAGCGAGUCCAGCAUCACCGCCACUACUGUUUCCAACACGCAUCAGCCGUAUUCCUUGCUUCCUCCAGAUCAGAGCUGUGCAUCGUACCAGCUCGCUGACGUGCUUUCCGAGGAUGAGUGUUUCGGAGAUGCUGUGCAGCAUAAUCGAGUUGGUUUGGGCGACAAGCAGACUAUCGGAAAGCCCACUUGGGAUGGCAUGAGUUUUUACGGUUGCGUGUAUAACAUUGCAGCGGACUUGGUCAUGUUCAACGAUCAGUCACCGAACCCGAGCUCCACUUCAACAGAACAACAAAGCAUCUGCCUUGGCGUGGCAACCACAACCACCUCUUCAACCUUUACUAUCACAACUUCGAGCACUUUGUCGAGCAGUGAGACCAGAAGCAGCGUCAGCCCGACCAGCAGCACCAGCGAAACCACCACGACCCGGACCAGCAGAACCCUGACCAGCAUCAGCGAGACCAGCGUGACCAGCAUCAGCGAGACCAGCAGCACCAGCGCGACCAGCAUCAGCGAGACCAGCAGCACCGCAACCAGCAGGACCCUGACUGGCACCAGCGCGACCACAGCAUCAGCGAGACCAGCAGCACCGCAACAAGCAGGACCCUGACUGGCACCAGCACGAGUAGCAUCAGCGAGACCAGCAGCACCGCAACCAGCAGGACCCUGACCGGCACCAGCGCGACCAGCAUCAGCGAGACCAGCAGCACAGUAAACCUUGAGUUGACGUGGCUCGGCAUGGACCAGAGUACAUCUAGCGCGGGAGUGACGAGCAUUGAAGUCAUGAUUAUGUUCGGUCUUGUCCUCGCGGGCGGCAUCGCUAUGUGGGUCUUUGCGGUCACAAUCAUCACGAGGUACCAGCGUCGAAAGCGCGCGGCAACGACCGUGCCCACGGACCUUGCUAGCCAUUCGGGUCAGCCUGGAGCCAUGCGGAUCAGUGCGCAAGCUUGCGACGCUGACCCUGGCACUGCGGGCGGACCGGUCGGCACGGCGCCAGCGGGCACCCGUGGCCAGCCGUCUGCCAGCCUCGAGGGGGCCAUCCGCGAGGCUUUCGGGUCCAUGGGCGAGUUCAAGGCCCGCUUCGAGGCCCAGUGCGCCCGAGGUGGCUCCGCCUGGGCCUGGCUCGUGGUGACCGCUGACAGCAGGCUGGCUAUCACGUCCACGCUGAGCCAGGAAAACCCCUUCGUGGACGGCGCCGAGGAGGAUAUCCCUGGGGCCCCAAUCCUGGCCUGCAGCCUCUGGGAUCACGCCAGCGGCCUGGAGCAGUUCCAGUGCCAGCGCCAAGCCUACAUGCAGGCUUGGUGGAGCGUGGUGAAUUGGGAGACCGUCAGUACAUUGUACGACGAGGCCCUCAAUAGCAAGGCCCCAACUACCGAGGGCAACCUUGUCGGUGAUACAACUGUGGAAUGUACUCAUAUGCCGCCGAUUGGCAGUGCUUCCUUGCAUCGGCCCGUGGCGAUACCUGAUAUUUGGUGAAUUCAGGUUGGCUUCGGUGAGCAAUGGCCCCGAUGCCUCCCCCCGACUCAGGUACCACACACCUGGUUUCCAUCUCUCUUCUUCCUCCUCUUCCUCCUCCUCCUCCUCCUCCUCAUCUCCCUCCUCUUCCUCGUCCCGUUCCUCCCCUUCAAACGGCUGCGCCCUCUGCGCGGUCGUGUCGUUCGUGAGUAGACCCGACCAAGUUGGUGCUCCCGUAUGUCGAAGGUAUAUUGCACUGCCUUAACUCCUUCCUGUGUAACAUGUCAUCCAUGUGCGGACACAGCUGCUUGCCGGCAUCAGCGAUGUUCGUUGCAGGCCGCAGUGGUCCCGCGCAGCCGUUUGGGGCCAACCCCUCUGCGCCAGCACGGGCGGGGACAUCUUCGCGGCGUUCUGCUUGCUGCUGGCGUGGCAUCUGUAUAAGCCAGGGGCACGACGUCACCCUGUCUACGCGCUGGCCAGCAGCCAGCCCGAAGGGAGGCUUGCUGUCGAAUGUUUUGGCGCUCCGCCCACCUCUUACAGCCAGCGCGUGGCCUGCGCCAGCGCACACACGCCGAGCCGACCGACCGCAUCGCAACAACAACAUAGCCACGCGGCGUGCAGCGACCAGUGGCGGCGUGCGCGGCGUUCGCUCUUGGCGCCCACGGCUGCCGUUCGCCUCGGAGGCAAAGGCGAGGGCAGGCUGCCGCGUGUCUCGUGUCCUCUGCCACGGCGGGCCCAUACCAGGCCUCGGCCGUCCAGGCGAUGCCGCGUGUCCAAUGUCGCGGCGUGUUCCUCCUCUCUUUCACCGGUGGCGAGCCCCGCACCGCGUCGCCGCGUGUCGUGGUCUUUGAUUGCAUGGCUCCAGCAUCGCUCACCCAUCCUCAUCCCCGUCAGGCCACGGUAUCUCAGCCCUCUGAUCAACGCAUCAACGUACGGAC